UUUUGCCUGUAAAAGAGGAAGUCACAGCAUAACACAACCCAUUGUGUUGAUAUUUUUCAUUACCGGAAUGAAUGCUGUUCAAUUAUUUCCGAUUACAAUCCACUCUGAGUCCAUAGCGGCCGCAUAAUGAAAUUUAAUAAUAUGUUUUUCGGUGGAAAAUUGUAGGAAUCAAAAAGUAAUUGACAGAAAACUUUGCAACGUAGAAAAUUUCAAGAGUUUGAAUAAGGCCCAACGUUGAAAACUUCACUUUAAUUUCGCUAUCGUACUUUGCUUGUACAAACAUAAUUUGCAUGAAAAAAACAAAAAUUAAAAAAACUCUAUUACGUAUAUAACAGCAAGCAAAGAAUAAUUUUCUCCUCCCCCCCCCCCCCCCUCCCGCCGCGUUCUCUCUCUUUCUCCGCCCCUCUCCGCGCCUCAUCAUACUUCUUCUAGCAGCGAUCUUAAAGGAAUGAACAAAUAACGGGAUUCGGAACUAUUCCUCUGCAGCUACGACCGGUUAUAGAAUACGCUUUCUGUUUAGAAUAACGUCGGUAUCUAUAAUAGUCUACUGUGAUGAUAGUUUUUUCGUGAAAUAUAUUAGCUCUGUGGAGAUGAAGUGCCGCGAGUUCAUGUGUAGAAAAAACUAUUAUAGCAAAAUGUUUCAGUACGUUUUGUCAGCAUGUUGAUAGCCAGUCGACGUGACCGAUCACCGUAUAGCGCUGAACACACACACUUUUUGCCAUCGCCAUAGAUUACAUUGAUCGAAUUACAAUGAGGCGAAGUCAAUGCUGAAGAAAAAAAGUGACUGUUCGGGAAAGAGAGAAGAACGACCACAUUGUAUCCGAUCUAAAUUAUUCGUUGUUGCUACCAGUCGAUGUUAGGAAAAACUUCAUCAACGUUAUAAACAAUCCAACCCGGAUAUUUUCUCAUCGUAUGGAAGGUUUUCGAACCGCUAACCGUCAAAGUGCAAAUUGGCAUAAAAGAACUGCCAACUCCAUCAUUUACUCGUGAUCGUCUCGUUACCAUGGAAUUUGGAGUGGUCAACUUUCUGCUUCAACUGCUGGGUAUUGUACUAGCGAUAGCCGGUGCUGCGUACAUUUACCUGAAAAAUGUGACUUACAACUACUGGAAGCACAAAGGAAUUGCACAGGCGGAGCCUUUCGUUCCCUUUGGAAGCCUGUGGGACGUCGUAAAGUCAAGGAAAUCCAUAGCUGGACUACUGCGUGAUCUGUAUCUGGAAUUCAAGGACAGUGCUGUGUUUGGGUUCUACUCGUUUCACCGACCGUCUCUAGUGAUCCGUGAUCCUGAUCUGAUACGUUUCGUGCUGACGAAGGAGUUCUCGCACUUUCAAAACCGUGGAUUGUACUACAACGAAGAAGUUGAUCCACUUUCUGGUCACCUGUUCAUGUUAGAAGGCACCAAGUGGAAGAAUCUAAGGAUCAAGUUCAGCCCGACGUUCACAUCGGGUAAAAUGAAGCACAUGUUCACGACGGUGAAAGAGUGCUCGGACGGUCUCGUUCAAUGCGUUGCUGAUGAAGUCGAGAAGAACGAACUCGUCGAGAUAAAAGACAUAAUGGCAAGGUUUACAACCGACGUCAUAGCGUCCGUGGCUUUCGGCAUCGAGUGCAACAGCCUUAAGAAUCCAGACGCUGAAUUUCGUGCCUGGGGUCGAAAAAUCUUAAAACCUCGGCCAGUACUGAAUGCCAUGUUGGUAUUGUGUCCGUCCCUCUUGAAAAUGUUCAACAUUGCCGUGACUAACAAGGAAGUUACAGACUUCAUAAUCAAAGUUUUCAAGGAAACGGUGGACUACAGAACAAGCAACAAUUUGGUCAGAAAAGACUUUUUAGAUCUGGUUAUGCAGCUGAUGAACAAGGGCUACGUUCGCGGUGACGACGACAAGGAACCAUUGGAAAAACCAGAAAUUUCCAGCGGGAAGAUCACGAUGCUCGAAGGAGCGGCGCAAGUCUUUGUGUUCUGGAUAGCUGGAUUUGAGACGUCGUCUUCGGCGGCGACUCACUGCCUCUACGAGUUGUCGAUUAAUCAGGAUGUGCAGGAGAGAUUGGCCGAUGAAAUUAGCCGAGUUUUGGGAGAAUUCAGAGGCAUAACUUACGAGAGCCUCGCGGCUAUGCCUUAUCUCCACAAAGUAGUAUCCGAGACGCUGAGAAAAUAUCCGUCGGUACCGAUUCUGAACAGAGACUGUAACCAGGACGUUCAACUGCCAGGCGUUAACCUCACCAUCGCUAAGGGCACCCCGAUCGUAAUACCACUUUUGGGACUUCACAUGGACCCUGAGGUGUAUCCGGAACCUGAUAAAUUCGAUCCGGAACGAUUUAAUGAGGAUAAUAUCGCCAAGAGACAUCGUUACGCUUAUCUACCCUUUGGCGACGGGCCCAGAAACUGCAUAGGGAUGAGGUUUGGUCUGAUGCAAAUGAAAAUUGGCCUCGUCAGUUUAUUGUCCAAAUAUCACUUCGCCCUCGGCCCAAAUACCAAGGUACCAUUAGAAAUGGGCACUGGUAAUUUUCUGCUUGUACCAAAAGGCGGAAUAGUGCUUCACGUCACCCGACGGAAAUAAACACCAGUCAUUUUAUCUUCAAGAUACGGUUUUUAUCGCUUGAUGAGCAAAACUUUUCACUUCGUUUUCCACAUGUUCGAAAAAAUUUUCACUGGUCUAUACUGUUCAGUAUUUACUAGUCAAAACAUUCCACGUUAAACUAUUCUCUUAUACAUCUCUAAGAAUCAUUUUUCAUAAUGACGAAUCAACUCUUAAUUUUUGGUAGCUUAUGGAGUUGGUGAUCACAGUUUUAUAACUCGACUAGACUGCUUUUGUAAGAGAAGUAAUACAAUGUACAUUUAUUUUCAAGAAAAUGAAUAUUUUAGUGUACAACAUA